GUAAUGUGCGCUCGUGGUGCGCAAGCUUGAAAAAGAAGGGGAGGAGGCGCGCGGUGCGCGAUCCGCAGCAGAGUGCACAAGCGGUGCAUGAAACGGUGUGUGCACAUUCUGUGCAGUCGUCGACGGAUGUAAAGGACGUUGUGUGUGGGCUCGGCUCGGCUAGAUUCGGCUCGUCUCGUCUCGGCUCCGAUUCUCUCGCAUCCGUUAUGACGAUAUAGUGAUCCAGUCGUGCUAGGCGCUCUCCGCGUCUCGGGCUCGUCGUCUCUCUUCCUCGGCGAAGAAAGAAAGAGAGACCGCAGUUCUGAAUCGAACUUGGCGCACCCUUCGUGCCGAGAGAAAAAAAAAGCCGAGAGAGGAAACGAAACGCGCGAUGGAGGCGCGACGCUGUACGGUUUGACGGUCUCCGCUAAAUCAUAUCACACUCCUCGGUGCUCGAAUCGAGUCCGGACACUACCUAGGUGUGUUCCGCGCGCGCCAUGUGCCGCGCCGCCGUCACCAUUCCGCGUGUGUCUUCUCCCUGCGGUUCGUCGUCGCGCCGUAGUUCGAUAAGUGUCGCGUAGCCGUGCAUUGGGUAUCUUUAACCAAGUGCUUCGUUCGUCGGUGCUUCUCAAAGUGUUGGUGCACGCAAGUGAAACAAUUGCGCACUUCUCUUUUUCCUCGCCUCGCCCUUGUAUGUUUGUUCGGCUCGCGAGCCGUAGAAAGAGAUAGCGCGAGAGAAGAAGGGAAAGAGAGAAAGAGAGAAAAAGAGAAAAAGCAAGCGAUAGAUUCGCUCGGUGGCUAGAGAGUAUCGGCGAGCUCUCCGACAAACAGCAGCGGACAAGCGAGAGAGAGAGAAAGAUAACUCGAGGGAGCACGAGUGGCGUAUAUCAAGAUGGCGCAUAAUUUGGCACCGAGCGUCAACUGCUCGCUCGACGACAUUGACCUGAACGCUCUGAAGGAGCCUGCUGGAAUCUUCGAGCUAAUAGAAGUAGUCGGAAAUGGAACGUAUGGCCAAGUUUACAAAGGUCGGCACACCAAGACCGGUCAGCUGGCGGCUAUCAAGGUCAUGGACGUCACGGAGGAUGAAGAGGAGGAAAUUAAAUUAGAAAUAAAUGUACUCAAGCGGUACUCGAAUCAUAGAAAUAUAGCUACGUAUUACGGUGCCUUCGUAAAGAAGUCAUCACCCGGCAAAGACGAUCAAUUAUGGCUGGUUAUGGAAUAUUGCGGAGCUGGCUCCGUGACGGAUCUUGUCAAGUCAACAAAGGGUCAGAGCUUGAAGGAAGAGUGGAUAGCUUAUAUCUCGCGAGAAAUACUGAGAGGACUUAGUUAUCUUCAUAGCAAUAAAGUCAUCCACAGGGACAUUAAGGGGCAAAAUGUUUUGUUGACUGACAACGCGGAAGUCAAACUUGUUGAUUUCGGCGUUAGCGCACAAUUGGAUAGGACGAUAGGUAGAAGAAAUACAUUUAUCGGUACGCCUUACUGGAUGGCACCAGAAGUUAUUGCUUGUGACGAAAAUCCAGAUGCCACUUAUGACAAUAGAAGCGACCUUUGGUCGCUUGGAAUAACCGCUUUAGAAAUGGCUGAAUCACAACCUCCGCUUUGCGAUCUACAUCCCAUGAGAGCCUUAUUUUUGAUUCCUCGUAAUCCACCGCCGCGGCUCAAGUCGAAGAAGUGGGCCAAAAAGUUUCACGGAUUUAUCGAAACGGUGCUAGUUAAGGAUUACCAUCAAAGACCCUAUACGGAACAGCUCCUUAAACAUCCAUUUAUACGGGACCAACCUACAGAAAGACAAGUCAGAAUACAGCUUAAAGAUCACAUUGAUCGCUGUAAAAAGCGUAAACAGGAGAAAGAAAGAGACGACUAUCGAUAUAGCGGUAGUGAAAACGAAGAAGACGAACCGGCAUUAGCGGGCGAACCGUCGUCCAUAGUUCAAGCACCUGGAGGUGACACUUUGCGCCGUAAUUUCCAACAAAUUCAGGAAGGCAGGACUUUGACGCAAGAUGUACCUCCUCAAGCACCCGCCGCUAAAGAAAAACCAGGAAACAGAUCUCAAAGAGAAGUACCGGAACCCGGGCCGCCCGCCAGACCUGCUAUACCGCACAGACUUAUAGUGGUACCAGAUCCACAACCUCCAUCUCGUCCAUUACCUCCGACACCCAGAGACGAUCCUCGGCAACCGCACAAAGUAUCUACACCGCCUUCUAAUCAUCAGACACCUGCUGGAGGAGGAGGUAGCGGAGGAUCCGGAGGACAGCCCGCGCCUCAAAGGAACAGUGUUUUUAAACCUAUGCUGCCACCGAAGAAACCAGAGGACAUGGAGAUACUGGCUGCUCAACUCAUCGAGCUUGGUGUGUCACAGGGCCCCGAGGCCCCGCCAAGGCCGAACAGGCAACAUAAGGGCCCUGCAGCCUCAUCUACGUCGAAUUCAGUGCAACCUGCAAGUGGUAACGAUCAGAACAACAAACAGAUGCCGCAAUCUUCCAGUAUUCUUGAUCAAGCUCUGUCGAUCGAGAGUGAUAGUGAUGAUGAUCUCGAAGAUGCUGGAGGAAACAAUUUGAGAAACGACGGUACAUUAUUGGCUAGUGACCCGCCCAAGCCACUACCUGAAUUUUCUCCUUUCAGACCAUCGUCCGAUUCGUCAUCGUCGUCUUCACAUAAUGCCCAAAACUCUCAUCAUGAAGAUAAGCCGAAAGGAGGAGCACCUAAUCGUCCGCUCCCGCCAACUCCCGAUGAGGAAGAAUCGGGCGACCGUACGCUAGUCAUGAAACGAAAACUUAGUCAGAUGUCAGACGAUCGUGCAACGACUAGCGGCAUUCGGCAUUCAGAAAUAGAUGAGCAGCUCCUCCUGAAGGAGUGGGAUUUCACCCGCUUCUUUCAGGGUUUUAACGAAAAGUUGGAUAAAAUGAAACAGGAGCAUCAGCAAGAAGCGGCCGGUCAAGCGAGCAAGUCUACCGGAUCCAAUGAGGAUCGCUCCUCUUCGUCUAGCGAAAGAACGCUCAAGAGACAGGAGCAGUUGGCCCGAAGAAAACAUGAGCAACAUCACCAAAAGCAACAUCAAUUGAAACCGGUUCACAGGCGGCAAGAGAGCGACUCGAAACUGGGCAACGCGUCGAAUGCUUUCACGCGCGCAUUUCGCCGCGAAAACUCAGAUUUUUUCCCGUCCGCGAGACACUCAGCGUAUUUGCAGAAGUCCUCGGACUCGCAGAGAUCUAGUAUAUUCGCUAGCGGUAAUCGGCGCGGAAGCGAGAUGAGCGUCGCCGGUAUUAUCGGUAAGAAGGGUGGCGGUGUCGGCGGCCUCAGUUCCGGAGAGCCGAUCUUAACGGAUUUCGCGUUGAACCGUGAAGGGCUCCAGAGGCCCAGGAGAGAAAAGACCGAGAGCGAAAUUGUCUUCGGUAAUAGGCACGAAGUGAGAAGGUUCGAUUUCGGACGUGAUAAAGACGAGAACGCAAGAAGACGCAGUUGUAGACCUUCGGACGCUACGGCCUCUGCCGUAGUCGAUGAUGCGGGAACGAUUAAGUCCACGGCCAGUACGACGGCCAGCGAGUACAGCCCCAUUGUCACUCAGAAUCGCGAGGGUGAUCGUUCAAGAGGCGGAGGUGAUUUCCAGAGAUCAGAUUCAUCUCCAGGCUCACGGCCCAGUUCCGUCUUACCGGAUCUCUUGACUUCGUCACCAGGUCAACGACAGGACAAGUCGACUAGUGAGGAGUAUCGACAAGCGGUGAAAUCACCACCUCCGUUUGCGCUUCAACAGAAACAGAGGUCUUUCCUGACUUUCGGAUUCGGGGCCGGUCCAGCGAGAAGAGAGUCUCACGUAAACGUUAACGUAACACCCACCAGCCAUGAUUUAGCGUCGGAUACACCUGAGAUUCGCAAAUACAAGAAGCGUUUUAACAGCGAGAUUCUUUGCGCUGCGUUAUGGGGAGUAAAUCUAUUAAUCGGCACCGAGAACGGCUUGAUGUUAUUGGACAGGAGCGGUCAGGGUAAGGUUUAUCAAUUGAUCAGCAGGAGACGUUUUCAGCAGAUGGAGGUUCUCGAAGGUCAAAAUAUUCUCGUUACAAUCAGCGGUAAGAAGAACAGAGUACGCGUCUACUAUCUAUCUUGGUUGAAGAGUAAAAUUCUACGAACGGAUGGUCACAGCGACCAAGUCGAGCGACGUAACGGUUGGAUUAACGUGGGCGAUCUGCAGGGCGCCGUGCAUUUCAAAAUAGUGAAAUACGAGAGGAUAAAGUUUCUCGUGAUCGCGCUGAAAGAUUCCAUAGAGAUUUACGCUUGGGCGCCAAAGCCGUAUCACAAAUUCAUGGCUUUCAAAUCUUUCGGCGAACUUGCGCAUAGACCACUACUGGUUGACCUUACAGUUGAGGAAGGUACAAGAUUAAAGGUUAUUUACGGUAGCGCCGACGGCUUCCACGCGGUUGAUUUGGAUUCCGCCACAGUUUACGACAUUUAUUUACCAAAACACACCCAGGGCCCCAUCUGUCCACAUUGUAUAGUAGCAUUGCCUAAUAGUAAUGGCAUGCAACUUCUACUUUGUUACGAUAAUGAAGGCGUAUACGUAAACACUUAUGGAAGAGUAUCCAAGACGAUGGUUCUUCAGUGGGGCGAGAUGCCUACGAGCGUCGCAUACAUCGGCACGGGGCAAAUCAUGGGUUGGGGUAACAAGGCAAUUGAAAUCAGAAGUGUGGAGAGCGGUCACCUCGACGGGGUUUUCAUGCACAAAAAGGCUCAACGGCUCAAGUUCCUCUGUGAACGUAACGAUAAGGUGUUCUUCUCAUCGGCGAAAGGCGGUAGUUCGUGCCAGAUUUAUUUCAUGACAUUAAACAAACCAGGGAUGGCCAACUGGUGAUUCCGAAUGAGGCCAAAUCUGGCCCCAAGAUUAUCUUCGCGAUUACCAACACCGCACAAUCCUCCUCCGCGUGUAUCGGGAUAUACAGCGUCGGCGCGUACAUUUACCCGCCCUUCACUGCCAGGACUGAGCGCCUUGGAGACUAGGAGAUGCACGCAUCGUAUCCAGCAUCCUUAUCAAAAUCAGCAUCAGCAGCGUCAUCAUCAAUAUUAUUCUUAUUAUUAUCCGCGUAAUCUUUCAACAUCGUACAAUUAUGAAUACCAAGAGGACGAAGAAUGUGACGAUAGGUUCCAACGAUACUGUCAGCCCAUGCGAAGCGCACCAGGGUCAUUAACGUUUGUGAAUCUUUUCGUCAAGAGAUUUCUCUGUCUUAUCACUUGCUCGCCCUGCGGAUUGCGCGGUGUGGCCUAACACGGUGCUGAAACACGGAGCAAAUUUUCCCAAGAGCGCGCACGAUAAAGUAUUGCACGCUGGUAAAUCGUAUUGAAGGUAUUCUCCAUGUAUUUUCCCUCUCUUAAAAAGAAAAAAAAUACAAAUUUAUCGCUUUAAUUACACUACGAUAAGCCUGUAUUCGUUUCGCGUUGGCAUGUAUAUGUAAACUUUAAUUCUCUCGUAAAAACUUAAUGUUAAAACAGAACAAAGUGUAUUUUAAUGUGUCUGAUGAAUACAUAAUAAUUAAGAAUGUUUUAUACGAAAAAUGAUUUAGAGAAUAACGUAAUAAAACAUAAACUUUAUUUGUGCUCUGAUCUUUUUUAAAUUGCGAGUAGAUAGACAUAAGUACAGUGUUAACGAAUUACCAGUGAUACAGCGAUCAUGAACUGGCUGAUUGUUGUACCAGAGAAACUUCUUCUCUCUGGUUAUAUCGUGCAACUGUUUUCAGCAUAAGAAAGCUCGUGCAAUAUCGCUGGAUUGAUUUGUACAAAAAAAAGAGACUCUAUUCUAAGAGAUUUUUCUUGCUUGAUAACCGUGCAAGGAAAUACCGAUAAUUGAAUUGCGAGUGUCGUAUAAAGAAUCGGAAAUCUCGAGGAAUAAAAAAAAGAAGCUCGUAUAGUGUUGACUUUUAAUCGUGAUUUUUUUUUUAGUCGUUAAUUUUUCAAUUUUGGUGCGUGGUUUAAAUAAAAUGUAUAACAUCGUUUUAGUAGAAGCGAACGCAUUACGACAGACUGACGCCAUAAUAAACGGGGAUGACGUCGUUGCGUACGACACGAUAUCAUGAAAUAAAAUUAGAGUUAAGUGAGAAUAAUUACUAACGUUAAUUAAUUGUAUAGUUAUAGCAGCUGAAAAUUCUUUCCGCGGACUCGUACUGGCAAGCGCGAUGACGGUGACGCAACAUGAGAUAACGUGGUAGGAUAAUAUUGGAUGAAAAUCGCAUUUUUACACAAAUAAUAGAUUAAUUAUACCGUAGGGAUUUCGCAACGCGCGAUAUGUUGAAACGAUGUUGUAUAGCCAAGUUUUUUUUUUAGUAAUUUCUUGUUACGUUCAAUACGUGUUUUUGUACUACGAGAAACCACAUUCGCACAACAAUCUUUCGUCGUAAUGUCAUCGAUGAACAACAUAGUCGAUAUAGUCUUCAGCUUUUGUAAGAAAUUUAUAACUCAGCGAGAAGACGCGCACUAAAAGAGAGCAUCCCGCCCUUUCGUCUUCCCUCUCGUUCCUUGAUCGCGGAUCGCUAUUUCGCUUUCAAAGCGUUAUUACGAUCUGAUCUCAUAAUCUCAAAGGAUACUCUCCCCUGGUUGAAAGGGAAUCUUUAAGAAUUAUAGUACUUUUAUUGAUUUUAUUGAUGUCGGAUUAUCCUUAGCAAAUUUAAGCGAGCUUACAGUGUUAAUAACGGGGUAGUGAAGGAGCAAAUUUUAAGUUACGCUACUUCUUCGUUCGCGUUUUUUACGAUAUCGGAGUCAUUGAACGUACGUAAUUAAGUAUACGUAAUACUUGCAGGGAUUUCAUCGAUAAAAGUUACAUUAGGAAUGUAGCGAUGGAGAAACGUAUUUUUAACAUUACAGAUAUAAUUAUGACGACCAACGUGACAGGGGAGAGCAAGUGUAAGAAUUAUAAAAAUGAACGUAAGAUUUAUCGGUUAUCGGUUAAUGAAUGAUAGUGAUCGCAUUAAUUACGGACUGUAUUGGAAUUAUGGAAUUUGAGAAUAAGACAAUUGAACGCUAUAGCGGAAUAAUCGUGGUAAGCAAAAUCUUGAAAAUGUCUCUUCCCCUUUUCGUCCAGGUUUGCAGUCAGAUCUUGCUAACAUAUCUUUACUUAUUGCACGUUUUGAAACGAGCGAUUAAAGUGACUUUGUCGACGAUUAAAAAAUUGUACUUUUAAUACUAAGACAUCAUGUAAUACCACGCGCGUGUUUACAAUACGAUUAGGUAAAUGCGAUGGCGAUUCCAAUGAUCGAGAAAAAUCAAGCUCACGCGAUUGUACACUCAUUUAUUUAUUUGUGUAAAUAAAUAAAUAUAUGACGUGUCUCAUACAUGCGACACACACGGAGAUACAUUUUACUUUUGGAUCGACAGCGAUUUUUUCAGCGAAUUGCAAUCAUGAAAUUGUAAUACAUUGUAAACGCUGUUGUAAAUUCUCAACGUUGUCAAUUGGUAACGUAUAUGCAUAGAUAUUCUAUGCUCGUGACGAAACAUUUUUUUAUACCAUUCACGAGAAGGCACAGGAAGGGGCGGAAAGCUCCGUAUAGUGAGCAACGAAAGACUGCUUUUUAAAUGGAGGGAGCUUUUUAUCGCGCGAGAACGGAAAACGAGUAGGAUAUAUCGAACGAGAGAAAGGGAGAGUGCUAAGAGAGAACGAAAGAGCGAGAGCGAAUGAGAGAGAGAGAAUGAUCUUUGGCAAAAAUACUGCACUUUUGGGCGGUUAUUUACGAUUGGCAGGAAUGAUAAAUAUUAUAAGAUAUAAUAUUAUAUGAUAGUAAUAUUAUUAAUUACCUUAACUAGCGCGAACUAAUUUUAUACGAGGACUUCCCCUUUCUUUGUAUCCCGUGUCCUUUGUAUUCUUGUAUCUUUACUCGACUCUCUUCUACUUUUCUAAUCUUUCUACGUCGUUCGAUUUUUCCCCCCCUUGAUUAUCCUUUCUCUUUACACAUUGUCUCCCAAAGAUGGUAGUGAUGAUUUUUUUACAGUAUAUAUAUAUAUAUAUAUAUAGUUCAUAAUUAUUAUUACAGCAAUUUAUAUAUCGAUUGUACUAUUACUAUUAUUUCUAUUCUUACGAACGUCACGAUCGUUAGACGCGAUUACUACGAUCGUAUACUACAAUUACGACGAUUAUUAUUUUUAUUAUUACUAUUCACACAUACACAUACACACACGUACACACUAUUGCUAAAGUCAAAUAUACGGACAUUCGUAAUUUCA